AUGGCAUCUAUUGUUAUUGUUUACGCAUAUGAUGGGUUACCCAAACAAGACAUGGGUCAAAAUGAGGAGUCUCAAAAAUUGGGCUCCCCAUCAACCGCAGUGAAGCUGAAACCACGGAUAUCCCUGUUCAACGGAUGCACUAUCAUUGUCGGAGUCAUCGUUGGUUCGGGUAUUUUUGUCAGCCCUAAAGGUGUGCUUCGAGAAGCAGGAAGCGUUGGGUUAUCCUUAAUUGUUUGGCUUCUUUCCGGAAUGUUCUCCAUGCUUGGAGCUUUAUGUUAUGCUGAGUUAGGUACUGCUAUACCAAAAAGUGGAGGUGACUAUGCCUAUAUCUAUGAGGCAUUUGGCCCAUUGCCAGCUUUUUUGUUCUUAUGGAUGGCUCUUGUGAUCAUCAAUCCGACAUCGAACGCUAUUAUAGCGCUCACUUUUGCUAACUACACGCUAAAGCCAUUAUUUCCGAACUGUGAGGUCCCAGUAGUAGCUGUGACACUACUGGCUGCAUGUGCAAUAGCGCUUCUCACCUUCAUUAACUGCUACAACGUGAGAUUAGCGACCCGAUUCAAUGACAUUUUUACGGUAGCGAAGGUGGCGGCGCUAGGCUGUGUGGUAUUAGCCGGGUUCGCAUGGUUAGCCAUGGGACACACUGAAUAUUUUCAAAUGCCGGAUUUGCUGGAUGGAAGUCAAGUAGAACCUUCUACACUAACUUUGGCCUUUUAUUCCGGCGUUUUCUCGUACACAGGCUUCAGUUAUCUUAACUUUGUAACCGAAGAGCUUAAGGAUCCGUACAGAAAUUUGCCACGAGCGAUUUAUAUCUCACUUCCGGCUGUCACUUUGAUCUAUAUGUUCGUCAAUUUGGCUUAUUUUGCUGUGCUGUCAGUUGAUGAGAUCCUUGAGUCGGAUGCUGUGGCGGUAACGUUUGCCGCGAAAGUGAUGGGACCAUUCGCUCCGCUAAUGCCACUGUUCGUCGCCUGUUCAUGCAUCGGAAGUCUGAACGGCAUACUCUUCACCUCAUCAAGAAUGUUUUUUGCAGGAGCGAGAGAAGGACAACUACCCGAAAUGUUAUCAAUGAUCUCUCUCAAUUACUUCACACCGCUUCCAUCGCUACUCUUCCUGGGAGCAGCAUCGGUCGCUAUGCUUUUUGUGACAGAUGUUUUCGUAUUGAUUAAUUAUUGUGCUUUCUCGGAAAGUCUAGUAGUGGCAGUUUCCGUGGCCGGCUUGAUUAAGCUGAGGUGGACACAACCUAAGGCAGAGGCGCCGAUCAAGGUGAAUAUCCUCAUCCCAGUGGCGUUCCUGUUAUUAUGCUGCCUAUUUCUGGUGCUACCAUUCUUAUCGCAACCUGUAGAAUUAAUGGUAGGCGUGGCAAUCAUCCUGUCUGGUGUGCCAGUCUACUUUUUGUUUGUGAAGAGCACAAAGAAACCAGAUAUCAUUUGUAUCCCUUGGACUUGGCUCACUCACUGUAUCCAAAAGAUGUUGUACUGUGUACCCGAAUGCGAAGAGAAGUUGUUGGAAUAG